AAUUUAUUUAUGAUAAAUUACGAUUUUAUUUGUAAAAGAAAAUUAAUAAUAACUAAGACAUAUAUUGCAUAAAUUGUUGUAUAGACACAUUGGCCAUAGCUAUCAAUCAAAUGGCCAAUGCUAUGAAUUAUUAUCUCCACUUAAUGGAAAAUUAUGAAGAGAUUAAAAAGUAGUGUAAAUUCAAAAUCGAACUACCCAUUGUUUAAAAAAUUUGUCAGUCCAUGUGGUCGGUAAGAGUGAGAUCCAUUUUUUUGACAGCUGUUUAUUCGUUUUAUGUGCUUAAACAACAAUGUGAACUUUGCUUCCAGUUCUUGUCUUUGUCUUCACCAAGGGCAACAGGGCACGAACCUGUCUUAGUUUCUUAACUAUUUCUGUCACAUUUGUUUAUAUUAGGUUACUUACCAUCAUAUCCAAGAAAUUUGUAGGAAAAUUCAAUUUUUCGUCUUUUUCUAUGAAAACCUUUCUCUCGUUCCUAUAAUUAUAUAUAUAUAUAUAUAUAUAUAUAUAUAUGUGCUAUCUUCCCUGUAUAUCAUAUCAUAUCAUACCAUAUUUCAUAGUUUCUUGCCAUUACUUCUUUUGAAUCUCUUUUGUUUGGCCUCAAAAGAACAUGAAGCAUCAAAGCAAACCCAGUUUUGUUUCAGUUUUUCUGAUCUUUGCAGUUGUGUUUCUAUCCUACUCAGCUUCAGUUUCAGCUCAAGAAGUUGAGGAUGAAAGGGAGUUUGAUUACUUAGAGAGCAGUGGGAAAGGGCCAAAGCAAUGGGGAGAUCUGAAGAAAGAAUGGGCUGCUUGCAAAAAUGGAAGUCUGCAAUCCCCAAUAGAUAUGUCAAGUCGGAGAGUGAAGGUGAUCCGGAAGUCUGGAGAGCUAAAGAAGAGAUACAAGCCCUGUCAUGCAAUUGCCAAGAACAGAGGCCAUGAUAUCUCGCUUGAAUGGCUGAAUUGUGAUGCUGGUUCAAUCAAGAUCAAUGGUACCGAAUUCUUCCUCCAACAAGCUCACUGGCACUCACCAUCUGAGCAUACCAUCAAUGGCAGAAGGUAUGCCCUGGAGCUACAUAUGGUACACCAGAGCAAAGACGACAAAAUGAAGAACAACCUAGCUGUUAUUGGACUACUCUACAAAUUUGGUGCGCCUGAUGCUUUCCUCCCCCAGUUGAUAAGCAACAUUACAUCGAUGGCUGAUAAUGAGAAAGAAAAGGAAAUGGGGGUGAUAGAUCCAAGCCUGAUCAAGAUGGGUGGCAAGAAGUAUUACAGAUACAUGGGCUCAUUGACAGUCCCUCCAUGCACUGAAGGUGUCAUUUGGACACUGAACAAGAAGAUAAGAACUGUUUCAAGAGGCCAAGUCCAGGCACUCCGAAAAGCUGUCCAUGAUUAUGCAAAAUCAAAUGCAAGACCUGUGCAACCACUCAAUCACCGACAGAUAGAGCUUUAUGGCCCGAAAACAAGGGACGUACCUAACUGAUAAAAUCUACAGCUUGUGUUGAGGAGGCAGAUUUUUUUACCUUGACCCUAAUCUUUCCACAACUUUUUCCCUUCCCUGAAAUGGUUGAUAUAUAAAACGAUGAUUUCUUAUUGUAUUUAUGCACCAUUAUGAGGUUACAAAUCGUCUGUUGUUACUAGUUUACCAUCUUAUUUUGAUAAAUUUGAGGCAUCGCAGUUGAAGCAACCUGAAAAUUUUUUUCAAGAACAUGUUGGUAAGAAACUAAAUCAAAACAAUUAUAUUAACAUCAAAUUUGCUUUUAAGAACAAUUUGGCCAUGGACUAAAUGAGAAAAAUUACAUGCACAUCAUUGCUAAAUACAAAAAUAAGUUGAUCUGUUCUACAUAUAUAAUAUCAAAUAUGAUUUUGAGCAAACAGGACAUGAAUACCUGCAAUUACAUUAUUAACACCAAACCCAGCUGCCCAAGAAUGACAUUCGAAAUGAAUAAGGAAAUGCUUUUGCGAACAUAAUCGGCAUAACCAAGA